AUGUCGGCGGCGGCCGCGGCCCGGGACGGGCUCGGGGAGGGCGCGGGCGGCGCCGCGGGCGGCGGCGAUGGCGGCGGGGGAGGGAUCCUGAACCGCUUCGUGCAGCUGCCGGGCAGGCCGCGGGCGGCGGGCCACCGGUGCCCCCCGGCCAGGAGCGGCCAUCGCUGCGUGGCCGACAGUUCCAACCUCUACGUCUUCGGGGGCUACAACCCCGACUACGACGAGUCUGGGGGCCCAGAGAACGAGGACUACCCCCUCUUCAGGGAGCUCUGGAGGUACAACUUUGCCACAGACACCUGGCACCAGAUGGGCACCGAGGGCUACAUGCCCAGGGAGCUGGCCUCCAUGUCACUUGUUUUACAUGGCAACAACCUGCUGGUGUUUGGGGGCACCGGGAUCCCCUUUGGAGAGAGCAACGGCAACGACGUGCACGUGUGCAACGUCAAGUACAAGCGAUGGGCUCUGCUCAGCUGCCGCGGCAAGAAACCCAACCGCAUCUACGGCCAGGCCAUGGCCAUCAUCAAUGGCUGCCUGUACGUGUUUGGAGGAACCACCGGCUACAUCUACAGCACCGACCUGCACAAGCUGGACCUCAACACCCGCGAGUGGAUCCAGCUGAAGCCAAACAACAUGUCCUGUGACAUGCCAGAGGAGAGGUACAGACAUGAAAUUGCUCAUGAUGGUCAAAGGAUUUAUAUCCUGGGAGGUGGAACUUCCUGGACAGCUUAUUCCUUGGAUAAGAUCCACGCCUACAACCUGGAGACCAACACCUGGGAGGAGAUCACCACAAAGCCCCACGAGAAAGUCGGCUUCCCAGCAGCCAGAAGAUGCCACAGCUGUGUGCAGAUAAAAAAUGAUGUGUUCGUGUGUGGGGGCUACAACGGAGAGGUGAUCCUGGGAGAUGUUUGGAAGCUGAACCUGCAGACUUUCCAGUGGGUGAAGCUGCCAGCUGCCAUGCCAGAGCCUGUGUACUUCCACUGUGCUGCUGUCACCCCAGCUGGCUGCAUGUACGUGCACGGAGGGGUGGUCAACAUCCACGAAAACAAACGGACUGGCUCCCUGUUCAAAAUGUGGCUGGUGGUGCCCAGCCUGCUGGAACUGUGCUGGGAGAAGCUCCUGGAAUGUUUCCCUCACCUGGCAAGCCUGUCCAGAUCCCAGCUUUUGCACCUCGGACUGACGCAGGGACUCGUGGAGCGACUAAAAUGAGCAAUCUCCCCCUUCUGUCCAAGAAGAAUUCCCCCUCCCACCCCCUAUUUAUGGAUUCCAUGGAUGGUCUUGCUAAGAACAUGGAGGAACCUGCUCAAGGCCUUACUCAGCAAAUACAUCAAUGCCUUUCCAGACAUGGUUACUUUUAGUCAUUGGAAAAAAGCAAAGUCCCCUUUUUAUUUAUGGAGCUCUCUUACACUGUUAACCCAAAAGUAUUUUUGAGACUAAGCAGCCAACCAGCAACCUGUCAUCAGCACACGCUUGCAAUUAAUUGGGGAGCUUAAUGAGUUCCUGAAUGUGUGAGCUCAGCUGGCACCUUCCCCUUGGUGCUCCCACCAUGGCAUCCAGCGAGGGACGCGAUGCAGAGCGAGCACCAAGCUGCCCUUUGCCUGCUGAGCUCCCUGCCUGUUCCUCCAGCCCUGCAUGUGUCCAUGGGCACGUUCCACCAUGUUCCACCAUGUUCCACCAUGUUCCACCAUGUUCCACCAUGAUUCCACCAUGAUCCCACCCCGAGCCUCCGGAGACGCUGGAACGUCGCCCAGGCCAGCCCAGCCCAGCCCAGCCCAGCCCAGCAGCUCCCCCGGUGCAGUGUCUGUGUCCUCCCCUCCUCACAACUCAAAGGUUUGCUUGGAAGACUGGGGAAAAAGUUGCCACUUAAGGGAUUACUGUGUAGUUAACUGGGGGUGGGCAGGGAAAGGUUUUCCUGAGGCUUUUUGAACUUUUUCAGCUCGCUUUGCACCCACAAUGAGCUGCAGCAAAAACUUACCCUGUGGAUUUCAGAGCUCUUUGAACCUGCUCAGCAUCUCCCAGAUUUUGGUUUGCCUUCCUCCCACACAUCCCAAAAAUUGGCUUUUUUUUCUUCUUGUUUCAUGUUCCCCUGAGGGUGGGAGAUGUGACUCAAAGCUGGUUUGGGAGUGGCUUUGUGGGUCACACAGCAUCCAAAAAGGGGAGAGGGAACAACUGUCCCUCCUUGUGGGGACAGGCAUUGUCUGUGCACAGGAAGGGGUGGCUCUGCUCCUCUUGUGCUCUCUACACUGCAUUUGUUUAAGUGGCCACUGAACUCUGAACAGCUCCAGGCAUGAGGUUUGUGCAAAAUCCUUUUCAGUUGGAGCCCAUUUUUAAGUGCCUUUUGUUUUUAAAAUCAGCUUUUCCCAAUGCUUUCUUCUUCAUCAGAGGCAGAGGUUACACUCUGAGGUUUUAGUUUCUUUUUAAGAAAUUGCAUUUAUGUUCAAAUAAACCAUAGCAUUGUCUUCAUGUUGUUAAUCCAAAGGUGCUGCCUGCUGGAGUCUCUGCCCCCACAUAGGGAACUCACCCCUUGUCCCAAAAUUAAGCUUCCCCUGGUGUUGAGAAUAGAUUUUCCUCUUUCUCCAGCUUCAGUUGCUGCUUUUUUUCCCCCCUCAAGGCUCAGAAAAGGUCUGGGCGUCACAGCUGAGGCUUUCUCAGGUGCUUGGACUGCAGGAACUGGUGGGAGCUGCUUGGAGCUCUGCUGUCUGCAUGCCCUGCAUUGCACCUUCACAGCAAUUGUGCAUUUCAACCCCUCCUCUGCUGCCUGGCUGCUGGAUGCAGACCCUGCUGGCAGCAAGGGCUCCCUGCUCUCCUGGCCUGCCCUGCAGGGACCUGCAGGACCAUCCCUGCAGCUCCUUCCAUGCCAAGCUGAAUAUCCACACUUCCAUCUUUGCCUUGUGGACCUUGGUCCUGGAGCAGCCCGGCCGUCCCUGUGCUGGUUUUUCUCUCAGCUGCUUUAAAGAGCAACUCCCCUCAUCCCCAGGGUGAUCCUGGAGCCAUCCAGGAUCUCUGAGCAAGCACAUCCCUGUCAGGUUGUCAGGCUGUCCUUACUCUGGAAAUCUCUGGAGCUUCUGAGGUUGUCACAGAGCCUCUGUCGAUGGUUUUGGAGCAGUCUUGGGACUUGCAGAGCUCUCAGCUGGCUGGAAGCUGCUCCCACUUUUCAAGGGAUGACCAUGGGAGAACCACAGGGCUGUCAGUCCCACUUCAGUGCCUGGUAAAACCCUGGAAAAGAUGAUUCUGGGAAAUACUGAAACCCCUCAGGUGGAGACAGCACAGCCAUGGGUGACAGCCAGCACAGCCUCAGGAGAGGGAAGUCCUGCUUGGCCACCCUGAUCUCAGCACAACCCACCUGCAUGGUCCUGGAAAGCCAGAGAUGGAAUCUUCAGACUUCAGCAUCCAGGACAGGCUGGGGAGCAGCUCUGGGGAGGGACCUGGGGGUCCUGGUGAUGGGACAGCCCUGGAGCCAGCAGGGAUGACACUGUCCUGGGGACAGCAGUGCCCUGGAGCCAGCAGGGGUGACACUGUCCUGGGGACAGCAGGGACAGCAGUGCCCUGGAGCCAGCAGGGGUGACACUGUCCUGGGGACAUCAGGGACAGCAGUGCCCUGGAGCCAGCAGGGGUGACACCCCUGGGGACAUCAGGGACAGCAGUGCCCUGGAGCCAGCAGGGAUGACACUGUCCUGGGGACAGCAGUGCCCUGGAGCCAGCAGGGGUGACACUGUCCUGGGGACAUCGGGGACAGCAGUGCCCUGGAGCCAGCAGGGGUGACACUGUCCUGGGGACAUCAGGGACAGCAGCAAGGAUGGGCAAUGCCCUGCCCUGCCCAGGCUCCCCAGGAAUGGGCACAGCCCAGCAGUGUUUGGACGCUGCUCUCAGGGCCAGGGGGGAUUGUUGGGGUGUCCUGGGCAGGAGCUGGAUUUGGUCCCUGUGGAUCCCUGCACCCCCAGCAGCUGGGAAAGCACCACCAAGAAAACCACAAAGCUCCAAGGAGUUCCCUUUUGCUGAUGAAGCUGUACAAGCACCACCCACCGAUGGAUUCCAGGGGUCUUUCCCAUUCCAUAAC